GGCAUAUACUUUUACGAAAAUCGGAGAGCAGAGAGUUUUUAAUUAACACGUGAAUAUUAAAGAUAAAAUAUAUUAAAUAAAAAUUUAACCAAAAUAACUUCAAAGGCAUUUCAGACUCAUUUUCGUUUAGCUUAAUUUGGUGCCGGUCAUUUUUGUGAUCGUUAUUCACACAAGUCAGGUGACUUAAAAAAAAAAAUUUCUAUUGUGUCGAAUGUAAUAUAAUUAAAUUUAUUUAAAUACAUUUAAAUAAAUUUACACACAUUUGAAUAAAUUUAAUUUGAAAACAAAAAGAAAAUGGGUACUGGUGCUAAAGACUAUCAACCUCCAGAAUGGAUUACUACUGAUUUUUUGCAAGAUGUUCUUAAGGAAUACUUCAAAGACGAUACCUUACAAGUCAGUAAUCUUGUAAUAAAAAGCACUUACACUGGUGACAAGCCCAAUGGAUUUGCUAGUGAAAUGCAUAGAGCUAUCUUCCAUUUAGCUCGCAGUGGCGUAGAUGGAAAAUUUUCCGUGAUUAUCAAGGACCAUCCCAAGGGUCAGAGUGGGGUUGUGGCACAUAAAAGUAAACUUUUCAAACGUGAAAUUUUGGCAUACAAAGAAAUAUUACCACGCAUAGAAGAGAUGCUCGCCUCAAUUGGUGAUAACACGAAAAUUGCCCCUGCUUGUUACUACACCACUGAAACUCCAGAACCAUUCAUUAUACUAGAAGACAUGUCCGUGACUGGUUUUGAGAAUUUUGAAAAGUGUCGUUUAUUAAAUUUAGAUUAUGUACUACCAACGAUCGAAAAAUUAGCAAAAUUACAUGCCUGCUCCGCUGUACUAGCAGCACAAAGGCCUAACAUUAUGGAAUUCUUUGAAGAAGCAGCAAUAUCACGUAAUCCUGAUCGUAAGGACUUUCUCGUAUUUUUUCCAGUUAAUAUACGUUGCGUUGCUGAAGAGCUGACGCACUGGAAAGGCUAUGAGGAAAUAACAGAAAAAAUGUACAAAUUAUCUGAAAAUGUUUUACAAAAAGCUGUAGAAAUGUUUGAAUCACACGAAGAGGGUUUUCGAGUUUUCAAUUUAGCAGACAUAUGGGUUGAUAAUUUGAUGUUUCACAUAAACAAUGAAACAAAAGAACCAGAUGAUGUCGUUAUGUUGGAUUAUCAACUUUCAUACUAUGGCUCACCAGCUACAGACCUCAACUAUUUUCUUUUUGGUUCCGUUAAUGAAAAUGUACGUAAGGUACAUUUUAAAUUUAUUAUCAGAGAAUAUCACCGCAUUUUAAAAGAAACACUUGAAAAAUUGAACUAUACCGAACAUAUACCAACUCUAAAAGAAAUCAAUAUAGAAUUAAUUAAAAAUAGCUUACAAGCCGUUAUUGCUGCCACUUGUCUGACACCUAUUAUUUUGAUGGAUGCAGGUGCCAUAACCAAUUUGGAAAACUUAUUUACACGAUCGGAAGAGGGGGAUCAGAUCCGUCGUCAAAAUGUGGAAAACCCGAAAUAUCGUGCCUUUCUGCAACGUACAGUUAAAGAAUUUGAGUUGAAUGGUUUUCUUGAUCUAUGAAGCACAACAAUAUAUUUUUUUUAAAAACUACUUCCAAGCCAAAUGAGUAAUGUAAAAUUUUCUAACUUGUAAUUUCUUCAAUUACAUUCUACUACAAAGAUUAGUUUUAUUUCUAUAAUCUGACAGUUGAGGAUCAUAUUCCGGUAAUUAAGGACCACAAAACGUGAUAUGUAUAACAUACAUAACGUGAUAUAUAUACAGAAUUAAAAACAAAUUUCUUGAAGUUUUAAAAUUAAAACAAAUUUAAAAUAAAUA